CGCAGAAUGAUACGUUCAUGCAUUCUGAAUCCGAACACACCCGAGCAAGCCAAACCUCAUUCUUUUCUCUCAUCAAUUUAUUAAGAACAAAGCCGCUGGAACAGUUGGUUAAGAUCCUGAGCUGACUUUCAAGGUGUUAACUCUUCACCCGAGGACUGACAGAGACGCUGCAGGAGAACAGGCAACAUCUUUACACUCAGCUGCUGAGAUCUGUGUGCGCCGAUCCGAUCCUGUAUCACGAUGAUUUGGAGAACAGCUCUGCUCUACGCCCAACUGUGGCUUGUCCUGUCUUUAGUGUCUGGGGACCUCACUAGUGAUGAGAAGACCCAGAUUGUGAAUUUGCUCAACCAGUACCGCUCCUCAGUCAACCCUGGAGCUGCUAAUAUGCAACGCAUGCUUUGGAACGACAAGCUGAGCGAGGUGGCUGCAGCAUACGCUGCCCAGUGCGUAUGGGAUCACAACCCUAAAAUCGAAGGCAUACUUGGUGAAAGCACCUACAUGACUCUCGGACCCCUGUUGGUCAGCCACCCAUUCAGCGUAUGGUUUGACCAGCACGUGAAUUACAAUUUCUACCUGAACAACUGUAUUGCUGGGAAACCGUGUGGUGACUACACUCAGAUGGUGUGGGCGAACACCUCGUUUGUCGGCUGCGCUGCACAAUAUUGCCCGAGUGUUUCUAAAUUUGAUGCUGAAAAUGCCACAAUGCUGGUCUGCAACUAUUAUCCUCCAGGCAGUAUAAAAGGACAGUCACCCUAUAAGGAAGGACCUCCGUGCACUGCUUGUCCAAAAGAGACGCAAAGAUGUACGAACAAUUACUGCGAUCGAGGCACCGAUAUUCCUAUAGGACUCACAGAUGCCUCUCUAGCGACGAUAUUUAACACAAGCCCCACUGCAACUUCAGGAGGAUUUACGAAACCCUCUUCGGUUCCUCUACUGCUCGCCGGCCUGACAGUGUUCUAUUCUUUCAUCCCUGGGACUUUUACAGAGUCUUGAAGACGACUGCAUUGAUUACGUCGUUCCACGGAAAUAAGAAUCCUUGACAGCCAAAACUGUACAUUUGUUUUUAUUUGUUCUUUAUGUAUGUUUUGUACGUAUAUAUUCAAGUUUCAAGUUUCAAGUUUCAAGUUUUUCUUUAUUGUCAACUCUUUCACAUGUACAGUAUAUACACAAAAAAGAAUCGAAAAUGUAUUUCUCUCAGUCCCAAGGUGCAAAAUAUUAGCAAUGAGAUUUAAAUAAAGUGCAAAGCAUAUGUAGAUGCAGUGGAGAAUAGGCAGACCAAUGCUGCACAAAGUGACUGGUGCAUGUUUCCUUAUGUUAGUGGGAGGGGGAGUGGAAGGUCCUUGGGGAUGUGGGAUCUGAAGGGGAGUGUUGGCUUCAUAGAUCUGUGGAGCCUGUGGCAGAAAAGAGAAGUACAUAUAUAUAGUAUAUAUAUACUGUAUAUAUAAAAUCAUGCCCUAAAUAGCAUUUGAUGAGUUCCUGACCUGCUGUUGCCUUGAUUUAUUAUAGUAAUAAAUAAGACACAUUCUAUAGUAUUAUAUCUAAAAUGUUUCGAAAUCAAUUUAUUUGGAAUACUAUAAUAUCACAUGGGUUACAGUGGGUGUUUUUUUUCACGUUAAGCUCCUUACAUUAUUGUUCAGUAUUUAUAUACAGUAUACAUAUAUAUAUAUUUUACACACAGAUUGUAUUAUAUGUUAAAUAAGGAGGGUUUUUACGUUUUGUCGUCGUCGUCGUCGAUGUUGUUUUGAACUGAAAACUAAAUCGAAACGAAACUCCAUGAAACAAAAAUGACAGAAAAAUACAGAAAUUUAUUUUAAAUGUUUAUUCUGUAGCAUUUUGUUUUAUUCUAACAAGCUAUUUAUAAUUAAAAUGUAUAAUCCUUUUUGUCAUUUUGUCUUAUUAUGUGAAAAAAAAAAAAAAAGGCCGGACGUAUUUGGACACGCUAUUUGUGUGACUAAAUGAAUAAAUUAUUUAUCUACAUGCUCA